CCAGAACACCACUGCCACCCCAGCUGAGGUCCUCCCACGCACUGAGGCCUCCAGCAGGUCCUUCAUGGAGGGACUGGGGGUGAUUGAACAGCCACCCAUUGCCUGCAACAAAACUCUCCAAAGUGUUGGGAUGCCAGAGGGAGGUGAGAAUAACCCACCUGGGUAUGAGGCAGUGCUACUUAUAGAGGCCUCUCAAUGAGCCAUGUGCAUCACCCCAGCAACCCUCGACUCCCAACGGCCACAAUCCGUCCAAGCAACUGCCCCAGAACACCACUGCCACCCCAGCUGAGGUCCUCUUAUGCACUGAGGCCUCCAGCAGGUCCUUCAUGGAGGGACUGGGGGUGAUUGAACAGCCACCCAUUGCCUGCAACAAAACUCUCCAAAGUGUUGGGAUGCCAGAGGGAGGUGAGAAUAACCCACCUGGGUAUGAGGCAGUGCUACUUAUAGAGGCCCUCAAUGAGCCAUGUGCAUCACCCCAGCAACCCUCGACUCCCAACGGCCACAAUCCAUCCAAGCAACUGCCCCAGAACACCACUGCCACCCCAGCUGAGGUCCUCCCACGCACUGAGGCCUCCAGCAGGUCCUUCAUGGAGGGACUGGGGGUGAUUGAACAGCCACCCAUUGCCUGCAACAAAACUCUCCAAAGUGUUGGGAUGCCAGAGGGAGGUGAGAAUAACCCACCUGGGUAUGAGGCAGUGCUACUUAUAGAGGCCUCUCAAUGAGCCAUGUGUAUCAUCCCAGCAACCCUCGACUCCCAACGGCCACAAUCCGUCCAAGCAACUGCCCCAGAACACUACUGCCACCCCAGCUGAGGUCCUCUUAUGCACUGAGGC